AAAGAUGGCGGCGGGCGGCGGCGCGGGGGCCCCGGCGGAGCCGGGCUGGGAGGUGGCCGUGAGGCCGCUGCUCUCCGCCUCCUAUUCGGCCUUCGAGAUGAAGGAGCUCCCGCAGCUGCUCGCCUCGGUUAUCGAGAGUGAAUCUGAAAUCCUGCACCAUGACAAACAAUAUGAGCCUUUUUACUCUUCCUUCGUUGCACUUUCUACACAUUACAUCACUACUGUGUGUGGUCUGAUACCCAGAAACCAACUGCAAUCAGUGGCAGCUGCUUGUAAAGUCCUGAUUGAAUUCUCACUGCUGCGUCUUGAGAACCCAGACGAAGCGUGUGCUGUUUCACAGAAACACCUCAUUCUCCUGAUAAAGGGGCUGUGCACGGGCUGUAGCCGCUUAGAUCGAACUGAAAUUAUUACCUUCACCGCGAUGAUGAAAUCGGCCAAGCUGCCUCAGACUGUCAAAACCCUCUCUGAUGUAGAGGACCAGAAGGAGCUGGCCUCCCCGGUGAGCCCAGAACUGAGACAGAAAGAAGUGCAGAUGAACUUCCUCAAUCAGUUGACGUCGGUCUUUAACCCUAGAGCCUCGUCGUCACCAUCUAUAAUGCCAGAGGCACAGGUGGAAGGAGAGAGCGAGGAUCAAGGUUCCACAGAUCAAACCUCUGCGGCAAAGACGAAAAGCAUAUUCAUUGCUCAGAACGUAGCCAGCCUACAAGAACUUGGUGGCUCUGAAAAACUGCUGAGAGUGUGCCUGAACCUCCCGUACUUCUUGAGAUACAUAAAUCGAUUCCAGGACGCGGUGUCGGCCAACUCCUUUUUUAUUAUGCCGGCCACAGUGGCAGAUGCCACCGCUGUUCGCAACGGGUUUCAUUCACUGGUGAUAGAUGUGACCAUGGCACUGGACACUCUGUCUCUGCCUGUAUUGGAGCCCCUGACACCCACACGACUCCAAGAUGUGACUGUUCUUGCUCUCAGCUGUCUCUAUGCAGGUGUGAGUGUGGCAACCUGCAUGGCCAUCCUCCAUGUGGGUAGCACUCAGCAGGUACGAACUGGGUCAACAAGUUCCAAAGAAGAAGAUUAUGAAAAUGAUGCUGCUACUAUUGUACAGAAAUGUCUUGAAAUCUAUGAAAUGAUUGGACAAGCCAUCAGCAACUCGCGUCGUGCCGGGGGCGAGCAUUAUCAGAACUUCCAGCUGCUCGGGGCUUGGUGUUUGCUGAACAGCCUCUUCCUCAUCUUGAACCUCAGCCCCACGGCCUUGGCUGAUAAGGGAAAGGAGAAAGAUCCUUUGGCUGCUCUUCGCGUCAGAGACAUCAUCGCUCGUACUAAGGAGGGCGUUGGGUCUCCCAAACUAGGACCUGGGAAAGGGCACCAGGGGUUUGGUGUUCUCUCAGUGGUGCUGGCAAAUCACGCUAUCAAAUUGCUGUCAUCGCUCUUUCAAGAUCUGCAAGUGGAGGCAUUGCACAAGGGCUGGGAGAGUGACGGGCCGCCAGCGGUGCUGGAUAUCAUGGCUCAGAGCACAUCCAUCCAGAGGAUUCAGCGGCUGAUCGAUUCUGUGCCGCUCACUAAUUUGCUGCUGACUUUGCUGUCUACUUCUUACAGAAAGGCCUGUGUCUUGCAGCGUCAGAGAAAGGGCUCCAUGAGCAGCGACGCAAGUGCCUCCACCGAUUCCAACACUUACUACGAGGAUGAUUUUAGCAGCACCGAGGAGGACAGCAGCCAAGACGACGAUAGCGAACCAAUCCUUGGGCAAUGGUUUGAAGAGACAAUCUCUCCAAGCAAAGAGAAGGUGGCGCCCCCACCACCCCCUCCCCCCCCCCCUUUGGAGAGCUCACCCAGGGUGAAGAGCCCUAACAAACAGACUGCUGGGGAGAACGGGAACAUCCUGGCCAGCCGCAAAGACCCAGAAUUGUUUUUGAGCCUAGCUUCAAACAUUUUGAACUUUAUCACUUCUUCUAUGCUGAACUCCAGGAAUAACUUCAUUCGCAACUACCUGAGUGUGUCUCUCUCGGAGCAGCACAUGGCUACACUGGCCAGCAUCAUCAAAGAGGUGGACAAGGAUGGGCUUAAGGGCACGUCAGAUGAGGAGUUUGCUGCUGCACUGUAUCACUUCAACCAUUCCUUGGUGACCUCAGAUCUUCAGUCCCCUGCCUUGCAGAACACACUUCUUCAGCAGCUGGGAGUCGCCCCUUUUUCUGAAGGUCCGUGGCCUCUCUACAUCCAUCCGCAAAGUUUGUCGGUGCUCUCGCGACUUCUCCUGAUUUGGCAGCAUAAAGCCUCUGCCCAGGGAGAUCCUGACGUUCCAGAAUGCCUUAAAGUUUGGGAAAGGUUUGUGGGCACACUGAAGCAAAAUGCCUUGCAGGGGACUCUUCCCAGCGACACAGAAGAUCUGAAUGUUGAACAUCUCCAGCUGCUGCUGCUUAUUUUUCACAAUUUCUCUGAGAGGGGCCGCAGAUCCAUCAUGAUGCUCUGUAUCCAGACAAUUGUGGAGCUGACGGUGAACAUGGAUACCCAGCAGUGUUCUGUGCCACUGAUUGUGGCACGUCUGCUCUUGGUGUUUGACUACUUGCUCCAUCAGUAUUCCAAGGCCCCCAUGUACCUAUUUGAACAGGUACAAUAUAAUUUGCUGACUCCACCCAUUGGCUGGGUGAGUGGAUCCCAGGACAGUAGCAGAAGAACCUCUGUCCCAAUUUAUCAUGGCUUUAAAGAAGUGGAAGAAAACUGGACCAAACACUGUUCAUCAGAUGCAGUUCCACAGCCCAGGUUCUACUGCAUCCUAUCUCAAGAAGCUUCUGAAGAUGAUCUGAACCGUCUGGAUAGCACGGUUUGUGAGGUCCUUUUCUCUAGGACUAUGAAGUAUGACGAGCUUUACACAGCCCUGACUUCGUUGCUUGCAGCCGGGUCACAGUUUGAUACACUUAGGAGGAAAGAGAACAAAAGUGUCACUGCACUGGAAGCCUGUGCACUUCAGUACUACUUCUUGAUACUGUGGCGGAUAUUGGGGAUUUUACCUCCAUCCAAAAACUACAUGAAUCAGCUGGCUAUGAACACGCCAGAGAUGAGUGAGUGUGAUAUUUUACACACAUUGCGCUGGUCCUCCCGUCUGCGCAUCACGUCUUACGUCACCUGGAUCAAGGAUCACCUUACCAAGCAGGGCAUGAAAGCUGACCACGCUGCUUCUCUCAUUGAACUGGCCUCCAGCAAGUGCAGCUCAGUGAAGUAUGAUGUGGAGAUAGCAGAGGAAUACUUUGCUCGACAGAUCUCUUCUUUCUGCGGUGUUGAUUGCACAACUAUUCUCCAACUGCACGAAGUUCCCAGUUUACAGUCCAUUUACACACUUGAUGCUGCAAUUUCCAAGAUUCAGGUUUCUCUAGAUGAGCACUUUUCCAAGCUGGCUGCAGAGACUGAUCCACACAAGUCUUCAGAGAUAACCAAGAACCUCCUGCCUGCUACGCUCCAGCUUAUUGACACUUAUGCUACAUUUACCAGCUGGUCGGAUGAUUUGAACCCGCCACAGGUGAUUCAUUCCCUGUUGCCUCUCCUUUUGGAGACCAGCACGGAGAGCGUGGCAGAGAUAAGCAGCAAUUCCCUGGAACGGAUCUUGGGCCCUGCAGAGUCAGAUGAAUUCCUGGCACGUGUCUAUGAGAAGCUGAUCACUGGAUGCUACAACAUACUGGCCCAUCACUCCGACCCAAACAGUGGCCUGGAUGAGUCCAUCUUGGAGGAAUGUUUGCAGCAUCUGGAGAAACAGCUGGAGAGCAGCCAGGCACGAAAAGCCAUGGAGGAAUUCUUUUCCAAAAGUGGAGAACUGGUCCAGAUCAUGAUGGCAACAGCCAAUGAAAACCUCUCAGCCAAGUUCUGUAACAGGGUCCUGAAAUUCUUCACCAAGCUCUUCCAGCUCACUGAGAAGAGUCCUGUCCCCAGCCUCUUGCGACUCUGCGGCUCCUUGGCUCAGCUGGCGUGUGUGGAGCCGGUGCGGCUCCAGGCCUGGCUGACCAGGAUGACCAUGUCCCCACCCAAAGAUUCUGAUCAGCUGGAUGUUGUGCAAGAGAACAGGCAACUGCUGCAACUUUUGACAACUUACAUCGUUCGGGAAAACAGCCAAGUUGGAGAAGGUGUGUGCACUGUUCUGCUGAGUACUCUCAUACCAAUGGCAACAGAAAUGCUGGCCAACGGGGAUGGCACGGGCUUUCCUGAGCUGAUGGUCGUGAUGGCAACUUUGGCCAGUGCAGGACAAGGUGCAGGACACCUCCAGCUUCACGGUGCUGCUGUUGACUGGCUGGGCAGAUGCAAGAAAUACCUGUCUCAGAAGAAUGUGGUGGAAAAAAUGAAUGCAAACGUCAUGCAAGGGAAGCAUGUGACGAUCCUGGAGUGCACGUGCCAUAUUGUCUCUUACCUGGCCGAUGUCACUAACGCCCUGAGCCAGAGCAGUGGCCAAGGACCAAGUCAUCUCUCCGUUGAUGGAGAGGAACGGGCCAUUGAGGUGGAUUCUGACUGGGUGGAAGAGCUGGCAGUGGAGGAGGAGGACUCUCAGGCUGAAGAUUCGGAUGAAGAUUCUCUUUGUAAUAAACUCUGCACCUUCACCAUCACACAGAAAGAAUUCAUGAAUCAACAUUGGUAUCACUGUCACACUUGCAAGAUGGUUGAUGGGGUUGGUGUUUGCACAGUUUGUGCUAAAGUUUGUCACAAGGAUCAUGAGAUUUCUUAUGCCAAAUACGGAUCAUUCUUCUGUGACUGUGGAGCCAAGGAAGAUGGCAGUUGCCUGGCUUUGGUGAAGAGAACUCCCAGCAGUGGUAUGAGCUCCACCAUGAAAGAAUCCGCCUUCCAGAGCGAGCCCAGAGUGCCCGAGAGCGUCAUUCGCCACGCGAGCACCUCUCCUGCAGAGAAAGCCAAGGUCACCAUCAGCGAGGGAAAGGGCCCUGACGAAGAAAAACCCAAGAAGAGCAGCCUGUGUAGAAACGUCGAGGGCUGUCGAGAGGAACUGCAGUCCCAGGCCAACUUCUCCUUUGCACCUUUGGUGCUGGACAUGCUGAAUUUCCUGAUGGAUGCCAUUCAGAUAAACUUCCAGCAGGCUUCAGCCAUGGGGAGCAGCAGUCGCGCCCAGCAAGCUCUCAACGAGCUACAUACUUUGGACAAGUCAGUAGAAAUGACAGAUCAGUUGAUGGUCCCAACUCUUGGCUCUCAAGAAGGUGCUUUUGAGAACGUCCGCAUGAACUACAGCGGUGACCAGGGCCAGACCAUCCGGCAGCUGAUCAGUGCCCACGUCCUGAGGAGGGUGGCCAUGUGUGUGCUCUCGUCCCCGCACGGACGCCGACAGCACCUGGCUGUGAGUCAUGAAAAGGGCAAGAUAACAGUCCUCCAGCUCUCGGCGUUGCUGAAACAAGCAGACUCCAGCAAAAGAAAACUGACCCUCACUCGCCUCGCGUCGGCGCCCGUGCCGUUCACUGUGCUGAGCCUGACUGGCAAUCCCUGCAAGGAGGACUACCUGGCCGUGUGUGGACUGAAAGACUGCCACGUGUUAACGUUCAGCAGCUCUGGAUCGGUCUCUGAUCAUUUGGUACUUCAUCCCCAACUAGCCACUGGAAAUUUCAUCAUUAAAGCUGUGUGGCUGCCAGGAUCUCAGACAGAGCUUGCUAUUGUGACUGCAGACUUUGUCAAGAUUUACGAUCUCUCUGUAGAUGCCUUGAGUCCAACUUUUUACUUCCUUCUACCGAGUUCCAAAAUCAGGGAUGUCACGUUCCUUUUCAACGAGGAGGGGAAGAACAUCAUAGUGAUCAUGUCCUCUGCUGGCUACAUCUACACACAGCUCAUGGAAGAGGCGAGCAGUGCCCAGCACGGACCCUUCUACGUCACCAACGUCCUUGAAGUCAAUCAUGAGGACCUAAAGGACAGCAAUGGCCAGGUGGCAGGAGGUGGGGUCUCCGUGUAUUAUUCCCAUGUGCUCCAGAUGUUGUUCUUCAGCUACUGCCAAGGCAAAUCCUUCGCAGCCACCAUCAGUCGGGCCAAUCUGGAAGUGCAGCGGCUGUUCCCAAUUAACAUAAAGAGUUCGAAUGGUGGGAGUAAGACUUCACCGGCGCUGUGUCAGUGGUCUGAGGUGAUGAACCACCCUGGCUUGGUGUGUUGUGUUCAACAAACCACGGGUGUCCCACUGGUGGUGAUGGUGAAGCCAGACACCUUUCUCAUCCAGGAGAUUAAAACCUUACCAGCCAAAGCAAAGAUUCAGGACAUGGUGGCCAUCCGUCACACAGCCUGCAACGAGCAGCAGAGGACCACCAUGAUCCUCCUGUGCGAAGAUGGCAGCCUGAGGAUCUACAUGGCCAACGUAGAGAACACCUCCUACUGGCUCCAGCCCUCUCUCCAGCCCAGCAGCGUCAUCAGCAUCAUGAAGCCAGUUCGCAAGCGCAAGGCGGCUGCUAUUACAACUCGCACCUCCAGCCAAGUGAACUUCCCCAUCGAUUUCUUUGAACACAACCAGCAGCUCACAGACGUGGAGUUUGGAGGCAACGACCUGCUGCAGGUUUACAACGCUCAGCAGAUAAAGCACCGACUCAAUUCCACGGGCAUGUAUGUGGCCAACACAAAGCCUGGGGGUUUCACCAUUGAAGUGACAAACAACAACAGCACCAUGGUGAUGACGGGCAUGCGCAUCCAGAUUGGCACACAGGCCAUAGAGCGGGCGCCCUCCUACUUGGAGAUCUUUGGCCGCACCAUGCAGCUGAACAUGACCAGGGCUCGAUGGUUUGACUUCCCUUUCACUCGUGAGGAAGCCUUGCAGGCCGACAAGAAACUAACCAUCUUCAUUGGGGCUUCUGUGGAUCCUGCUGGAGUCACAAUGAUGGAUUCCAUAAAAAUUUAUGGCAAAACCAAAGAACAGUUUGGAUGGCCUGAUGAGCCCCCCGAGGAUUUCCCCUCUGCGUCAGUGAGCAACGUGUGUCCCCCAAACCUGAAUCAAGGGAACGGCACAGGAGACACGGAGUCGGCUGCCCCUGCUGCUGCCAGUGGGACUGUCCUGGAGAGGCUAGUAGUGAGUUCUUUAGAAGCGCUGGAAAGCUGCUUUGCUGUAGGACCAGUCAACGAGAAGGAGAAGAAUAAGGUGGCAGCUCAGGAACUGGCUACUAUGCUGCUGUCCAUGCCAGCUCCUUCCAGCGUCCAGCAGCAAACCAAGAGCCUCUUGGCCAGCUUGCACACCAGCCGCUCGGCAUACCAUAACCACAAGGAUCAAGCAUUGUUAAGUAAAGCCAUUCAGUAUUUGAGCUCCUCAACCAAAGAAGGAAAGGACCUUGAUCCCGAGGUGUUUCAGAGGCUGGUCAUCACUGCUCGGUCCAUUGCUAUUAUGAGACCCAACAAUCUGGUCCAUUAUACGGAAUCAAAGCUGCCACAGUUGGAAACAGAGAAUGAAGAAGGGCAGGAGGCCCAGAAACACGCUGAAGGAGAAGGCUGCACUUUUAUUACCCAGCUGGUCAACCACUUCUGGAAGCUACACGCAUCAAAACCCAAAAACGCCUUCCUGGCCCCUGCCUGCCUGCCAGGUCUCACUCAUGUUGAAGCCACAGUGAACGCUCUGGUGGAUAUUAUCCAUGGAUACUGCACGUGUGAACUGGACUGUAUCCAUACAGCAUCCAAGAUCUACAUGCAGAUGUUGCUUUGCCCGGAUCCUGCAGUGAGCUUUUCUUGCAAACAAGCUUUGAUCAGAGUGCUGAGACCGAGGAACAAGCGGAGACACGUCACCUUGCCAUCGUCCCCUCGGAGCAAUACUCCUAUGGGGGAUAAAGAUGAUGAUGACGAUGACGAUGCAGAAGACAAGCUGCAGAGCUCUGGGAUAGCGAACGGGGAGCACAUCCGACAAGAGAGCCAGGAGCAAAGCGAAGUUGACCACGGGGACUUUGAGAUGGUGUCUGAAUCUAUGGUGCUGGAGACUUCCGAAAAUGUGAAUAAUGGGAACCCUUCUCCCCUGGAGGCUCUUCUGGCUGGAGCAGAGGGAUUCCCUCCUAUGCUGGAUAUUCCUCCAGAUGCGGAUGAUGAAACAAUGGUGGAAUUGGCUAUUGCCCUGAGCCUGCAACAAGAUCAGCAAGGGAGCAGCAGUAGCGCACUUGGACUUCAGAGCUUGGGACUGUCUGGCCAAGCACCCAGCUCUUCUUCUCUUGAUGCCGGAACGCUCUCAGAUACAACAGCAUCAGCUCCAGCGUCCGAUGAUGAAGGCAGCACGGCUGCGACGGACGGCUCGACGCUCCGCACGUCGCCCGCAGACCACGGUGGGAGCGUGGGCUCCGAGAGCGGCGGCAGCGCGGUGGACUCCGUGGCUGGUGAGCACAGUGUGUCUGGCCGUAGCAGUGCUUAUGGGGACACGACAGCUGAAGGCCACCCUGCUGGACCGGGCAGUGUCAGCUCCAGCACCGGCGCCAUCAGCACCACCACGGGCCAGCAGGAGGGAGAUGGUUCGGAAGGGGAAGGGGAGGCAGAGGGAGAUGUCCACACCAGCAACAGGCUGCACAUGGUCCGGCUGAUGUUGCUGGAGAGGCUGCUGCAAAACUUACCUCAGCUGAGGAACGUUGGAGGAGUCCGGGCCAUUCCUUAUAUGCAGGUUAUUCUGAUGCUCACAACAGACCUAGAUGGAGAUGAUGAGAAAGACAAGGGAGCUUUAGAUAACCUUCUGUCCCAACUGAUCGCAGAGCUGUGCAUGGACAAAAAGGAUGUGUCUAAGAAAAACGAACGCUCUCCUGUGAACGAGGUGCACUUGGUGGUGAUGAGGCUGCUCAGUGUGUUCAUGUCCAGAACUAAGUCAGGAUCCAAAUCUUCCAUUUGUGAGUCUUCCUCCCUCAUCUCCAGUGCCACCGCCGCUGCGCUGUUGAGCUCUGGUGCUGUUGACUACUGUCUGCAUGUGCUGAAGUCGUUGCUGGAGUACUGGAAGAGCCAGCAGAACGACGAGGAGCCUGUAGCCACCAGCCAGCUCCUCAAACCUCACACGACUUCUUCUCCACCUGACAUGAGCCCUUUUUUCCUCCGCCAGUACGUGAAGGGUCACGCUGCAGAUGUUUUUGAGGCCUACACACAGCUCCUGACAGAGAUGGUCCUGCGCCUGCCCUAUCAGAUCAAGAAGAUCGCAGACACGAACUCCCGCAUCCCACCUCCCAUCUUCGAUCACUCCUGGUUCUACUUUUUGUCUGAGUACCUGAUGAUCCAGCAGACUCCGUUCGUGCGCCGCCAAGUCCGCAAGCUUUUGCUCUUUAUCUGUGGAUCAAAGGAUAAGUACCGGCAGCUCAGAGACCUGCACACCUUGGACUCUCACGUUCGGGGAAUCAAAAAGCUCCUGGAAGAGCAAGGCAUUUUCCUUCGUGCCAGCGUGGUCACGGCGAGCUCGGGCUCUGCCCUGCAGUAUGAUACGUUGAUCAGCUUGAUGGAACAUCUAAAGGCCUGUGCGGAAAUCGCCACGCAGCGAACAGUGAACUGGCAGAAAUUCUGCAUUAAAGACGACUCGGUUCUCUAUUUCCUCCUUCAAGUCAGCUUCCUGGUAGAUGAGGGAGUGUCUCCAGUUCUCCUGCAGCUGCUCUCUUGUGCUCUGUGUGGCAGCAAAGUGCUGUCUGUGGCUUCAUCCUCUGGAUCAUCCAGCACCUCUUCUGCCUCCGCUCCUGCAGCUUCAGGCUCCGGGCAGCCGGCGACACAGAGCAAAUCCUCCACUAAAAAGAGCAAGAAAGAGGAAAAGGAAAAGGAGCGAGAGGGCGAGGGUUCGGGCAGUCAGGAGGACCAGCUGUGCACAGCUCUGGUGAACCAACUGAACAAGUUUGCUGACAAGGAGACCCUCAUUCAGUUCCUGCGUUGCUUCUUGCUGGAGUCCAACUCGUCCUCCGUGCGGUGGCAGGCCCACUGCCUCGCGCUCCACAUCUACAGGAACUCUAACAAGUCUCAGCAGGAACUGCUGUUGGAUCUCAUGUGGUCCAUCUGGCCGGAACUUCCUGCCUAUGGAAGAAAGGCUGCCCAGUUCGUAGAUCUCCUGGGAUAUUUCUCUCUGAAAACACAGCAGACUGAGAAAAAGCUGAAGGAAUACUCCCAAAAGGCUGUGGAGAUCCUCCGCACUCAAAACCACAUUCUUACCAACCACCCCAACUCCAACAUUUACAACACGCUGUCUGGGCUGGUGGAAUUUGAUGGCUAUUACCUGGAGAGCGAUCCUUGCCUUGUCUGCAACAAUCCAGAGGUGCCCUUCUGUUACAUCAAGCUUUCCUCCAUCAAAGUGGACACGCGGUACACUACCACCCAGCAAGUGGUGAAACUCAUCGGCAGCCACACCAUCAGCAAAGUGACAGUGAAGAUAGGAGACCUGAAACGAACCAAAAUGGUCCGAACCAUCAACCUCUACUACAACAACAGGACAGUGCAGGCCAUAGUGGAGCUGAAAAACAAGCCGGCUCGUUGGCACAAAGCUAAAAAAGUCCAGCUGACCCCAGGGCAGACGGAGGUGAAGAUUGAUUUGCCUCUGCCCAUCGUGGCUUCCAACCUGAUGAUUGAAUUUGCUGAUUUCUAUGAGAAUUACCAAGCUUCCACCGAGACCCUGCAGUGUCCCCGGUGCAGCGCCUCCGUCCCGGCCAACCCGGGGGUGUGUGGCAACUGCGGUGAAAACGUGUACCAGUGUCACAAGUGCAGAUCCAUUAAUUAUGACGAGAAAGAUCCCUUCCUUUGCAAUGCCUGUGGGUUCUGCAAAUACGCUCGCUUUGACUUCAUGUUGUACGCCAAGCCCUGCUGCGCCGUGGAUCCCAUAGAAAACGAAGAGGAUCGGAAGAAGGCAGUAACAAAUAUCAACACUCUCCUGGACAAGGCUGACAGAGUGUACCACCAGCUGAUGGGCCACCGACCGCAGCUGGAAAACCUGCUGUGUAAAGUGAAUGAGGCGGCUCCUGAAAAGCCCCAGGAUGAAUCUGGGAGCAGUGGAGGGAUAAGUUCUACCUCAGCCAGUGUGAAUAGAUAUAUACUCCAGUUAGCCCAAGAGUAUUGUGGUGACUGCAAGAACUCUUUCGAUGAACUCUCCAAAAUCAUCCAGAAAGUGUUUGCCUCUCGAAAGGAACUCCUGGAAUAUGAUCUCCAACAGAGAGAGGCAGCAACGAAGAGCUCCCGAACCACUGUCCAGCCCACCUUCACUGCCAGCCAGUACCGUGCCUUGUCCGUCUUGGGCUGUGGCCACACGUCAUCCACUAAAUGCUACGGCUGUGCCUCCGCCGUCACCGAGCACUGCAUAACGUUGCUCCGGGCUUUGGCCACCAACUCUGCCAUCAGGCACAUCCUUGUGUCCCAGGGCCUUAUCCGAGAGCUUUUUGACUACAACCUGCGCCGGGGCGCGGCCACCAUGCGGGAGGAGGUCCGGCAGCUCAUGUGCCUUCUCACCAGGGACAAUCCAGAGGCCACGCAGCAAAUGAAUGACUUAAUCAUUGGGAAGGUUUCUGCAGCUCUGAAGGGACACUGGGCAAAUCCAGACUUGGCUAGCAGCCUCCAGUAUGAAAUGUUGCUGCUGACAGAUUCCAUCUCGAAGGAAGACAGUUGCUGGGAGCUCCGACUGCGUUGUGCUCUCAGCCUCUUCCUGAUGGCAGUGAACAUUAAGACUCCAGUGGUUGUUGAAAACAUCACCCUCAUGUGCCUGCGCAUUCUUCAAAAGCUGAUCAAGCCACCUGCUCCAACCAGCAAGAAAAACAAGGAUGUGCCUGUGGAUGCUCUCACCACUGUGAAGCCUUACAGCAACGAAAUCCAUGCACAAGCUCAGCUGUGGCUUAAGAGGGACCCCAAAGCAUCAUAUGAAGCUUGGAAAAAGUGCCUCCCUGCCAGAGGUAUAGAUGCCAACGGGAAACCUCCCAGAGGGAGCAGAUUUGUUUCUGCUUUGCCAACGCUCUCCCCUCAGGUGCUGUUCACUCCUGCCACUCAAGCUGCCCGACAGGCUGCCUGCACCAUUGUGGAAGCUCUGGCCACCAUCCCCAGCCGCAAGCAGCAGGUCCUUGAUCUCCUGACAAGUUACCUGGACGAGCUGAGCAUUGCUGGCGAGUGUGCCGCCGAGUACCUGGCCCUGUACCAGAAGCUCAUCAAACCAGCCCACUGGAAGAUCUACCUGGCAGCCAGGGGGGUUCUGCCCUAUAUCGGCAGCCUCAUCACUAAGGAAAUAGCUCGUUUACUUGCCUUGGAAGAAGCAACACUCAGCACUGAUUUGCAGCAGGGAUAUGCCUUGAAGAGUCUCACAGGUCUUCUCUCUUCCUUCGUGGAGGUGGAGUCCAUCAAAAGGCACUUCAAGAGCCGCCUGGUGGGUACGGUCCUGAAUGGUUACCUGUGUUUGAGGAAGCUGGUGGUACAGAGAACAAAGCUCAUCGAUGAAACCCAGGACAUGCUGCUGGAGAUGCUGGAAGAUAUGACAACAGGCACGGAAUCGGAAACCAAAGCCUUUAUGGCAGUGUGUAUAGAGACUGCCAAACGUUACAGCCUCGACGACUACAGGACUCCAGUCUUCAUCUUUGAGAGACUCUGCAGUAUUAUCUACCCUGAAGAGAAUGAAGUGACUGAGUUCUUUGUAACUCUGGAGAAAGAUCCCCAACAGGAAGACUUCUUACAGGGCAGAAUGCCAGGAAAUCCCUACAGCAGCAACGAGCCUGGCAUCGGGCCGCUCAUGCGGGACAUCAAGAACAAAAUCUGUCAGGACUGUGACCUGGUGGCUCUGCUGGAGGAUGACAGUGGAAUGGAGCUUUUAGUGAACAAUAAGAUCAUCAGUUUGGAUCUGCCCGUGGCUGAGGUCUACAAGAAGGUGUGGUGUCCCACUAAUGAGGGGGAGCCCAUGAGGAUCAUUUACCGCAUGCGAGGGUUACUAGGAGAUGCAACUGAGGAAUUCAUCGAGUCUCUCGACUCCACCACUGAUGAGGAGGAGGACGAGGAAGAAGUGUACAAGAUGGCAGGUGUCAUGGCGCAGUGCGGGGGCCUGGAGUGCAUGCUCAACAGACUGACUGGAAUCAAGGACUUCAAACAGGGCCGGCACCUCUUAACUGUGCUGUUAAAACUGUUCAGUUACUGUGUGAAGGUGAAAAUAAAUCGUCAGCAGUUGGUCAAGCCGGAGAUGAACACUUUGAAUGUCAUGCUGGGAACUCUGAACUUGGCUCUGGUGGCUGAGCAGGAGAGUAAGGACAGCGGAGGAGCGGCCGUGGCAGAACAAGUGCUCAGUAUCAUGGAGAUCAUCCUGGAUGAAUCCAACGCAGAACCUCUGAGCGAGGACAAGGGCAACCUCCUCCUCACUGGUGACAAAGAUCAGCUGGUGAUGUUGCUGGAUCAGAUCAACAGCACUUUUGUCCGCUCCAAUCUCAGCGUCUUGCAAGGCCUAUUGCGCAUCAUCCCGUACCUGUCCUUCGGGGAAAUGGAGAAAAUGCAGAUUCUGGUUGAUCGAUUCAAGCCCUACUGUAACUUUGAUAAGUAUGAUGAGGAGCACAGUGGAGAUGAUAAAGUUUUCCUGGACUGCUUCUGUAAAAUUGCAGCGGGAAUAAAGAACAACAGCAACGGGCAUCAGCUGAAAGACCUCAUCCUUCAGAAGGGAAUUACACAGAAUGCCCUUGACUACAUGAAAAAGCACAUUCCCAGUGCAAAGAAUUUGGACGCAGACAUAUGGAAGAAAUUUUUAUCUCGACCUGCACUUCCUUUUAUCCUGCGCCUGCUCCGGGGACUUGCCACACAGCACCCUGCCACGCAGGUGCUGAUAGGUACAGACUCCAUUACCAACCUGCACAAACUGGAGCAGGUGUCUAGCGAUGAAGGGAUCGGGACGUUAGCAGAGAACCUUCUGGAGGCCCUAAGGGAACAUCCAGAGGUGAAUAAGAAGAUUGAUGCUGCCCGGAAGGAGACGCGUGCGGAGAAGAAGAGGAUGGCCAUGGCAAUGAGACAGAAGGCCUUGGGCACUCUGGGGAUGACGACAAACGAGAAGGGUCAGGUAGUGACCAAAACUGCACUGCUUAAACAGAUGGAGGAGCUUAUAGAAGAACCAGGUCUGACUUGUUGCAUCUGCCGGGAAGGAUACAAGUUUCAGCCUACGAAAGUCCUCGGUAUUUAUACUUUCACCAAACGCGUUGCACUAGAGGAGUUUGAGAACAAGCCCCGAAAACAACAGGGCUACAGCACAGUCUCUCACUUCAACAUUGUCCACUACGACUGUCACCUUGCAGCCGUGAGACUCGCUCGCGGCCGUGAAGAAUGGGAGAGCGCAGCCCUGCAAAACGCCAACACCAAGUGUAAUGGGCUCCUGCCAGUCUGGGGACCUCAUGUGCCAGAGUCUGCUUUUGCUACUUGCUUAGCACGACACAACACGUACCUCCAGGAGUGCACAGGGCAGCGGGAACCCACCUACCAGCUCAAUGUCCAUGACAUUAAACUGCUAUUUCUCCGUUUUGCGAUGGAGCAAUCGUUCAGCGUCGAUACUGGAGGAGGAGGAAGGGAGAGCAACAUUCACCUCAUCCCCUACAUAAUCCACACGGUGCUCUACGUCCUCAACACAACUCGAGCGACUUCAAGGGAGGAGAAGAACCUUCAGAGCUUCAUGGAGCACCCCAAGGAGAAGUGGGUGGAGAGUGCCUACGAGGUGGACGGGCCCCAUUAUUACACCGUGCUGGCGCUGCACAUCUCGCCCCCGGAGAAGUGGAAAGCCAUGCGAGUGGAGAUCCUCAAGAGGCUCCUCAUCACCUCUCACGCGCGAGUGGUGUCACCAGGGGGAGCCAGCAGACUGGCGGAUAAGACAGUGAAGGAAUACGCAACGUACCGCUCCGGCCUUCUCUUCUGGGCCCUAGUAGAUCUCAUUUACAACAUGUUCAAGAAGGUGCCUACCAGUAACACAGAGGGAGGCUGGUCCUACUCUCUUGCUGAAUUCAUACGACACAAUGACAUGCCAAUACACGAAGCUGCAGACAAGGCCCUGAAAACCUUCCAGGAGGAGUUCAUGCCAGUCGAAACAUUUUCCGAGUUUUUGGAUGUGGCUGGACUGUUAUCAGAAAUCAGCGAUCCCGACAGCUUCCUCAAGGACCUUUUGAACUCCAUCCCCUGAGCCGCCAGCACAGAGAAGCGUUGGGAGAGACUACACUAGCUUGCCUUCCAUCCCUUUGUGUUCCUCCUUGUGCAGUCUGUCCCUUCCCUCAGGAGUGCUGCAGUUUUUUGGUUGUUGGUUUUGUUUGUUUUGGUUUUUUUUUAUUUUCUACAAUUUUUCUUCUUGGAGUGAUUUGGGAUUUAGAUUUGUUUUAUCUUGUAUUUCAGCGCUUCUAUCUGUAAAGCCUUGUGUAUUCAAGCCGGUUGAAAGACCUUGUACAGAGAGGAAUCCAAAACCAGUAAAUCUUAAUGCUUUAGUGUGCACCUCUUUGAAGUUAAAUAAAUCGAACAAAUGGGUAAGAUGGGUUUGACUAGUACUUUAACCAUGCACUAGCCUAAACGCCAGGUUCUUUCUCAUCUUUUCUUUCAGAGCUCCUUCUCUCGGGGCUCAGAGCUGCUGCUCUGUCCAGCCCAGAGUCUGGACCAGGAGACACGGGGAAACAAAAGGCUCGUAGCGAGCAGGGAAAGGAGACUGACACUGGUUUUACUGAUUGUACACGCAGAGCAGGUUUCCCCCUGUGGGACACGAGCCUUAGAGACCUAUGGAUUGCAAGGACACCGUUUCCUUCCACCCCUUCUUCACCUGGGUGAGGGCAGCUGGCCCAGCCACAGCGUGACCCCUCUCCCAGGCACGGGGCAUGUCACGGGCUCUUUCCUGACUCGACUCCCACCGAGGCUGUAUUCAAAGCAAGUCUGCAUGUUGUUGCCUCCGGUCGCGGAGCACUGAUGGCAACAUUACCUCUCAGAGUGAUGCUACUCACAUGGAAUUCAUUUUCUCUCUCUGGUCAAAUUCUCAGCUUCAGCCAAAUGCAUGGAAACCAGACCCUGCACACUUUGGAACCGGCCACUUUGCCCCUUUUUGAUCGCUUGCGUUUUGGUGUGCAUGCCCUGACCCGAAGCCAAGUACCUGCUUUGAAUACAGCCUUGCCUUUUCUCACCCAGUCGUGCAUGCUGGUAACUUACCUUUGCCACCAGUUCUGCUGUCCUGUAACCCAGCUGACACCUGGUGAAGCUGGAAUCUAAUAAAGCUUUCCCUGUCUU